GGAUUCCUUUGUAGGGGCUCCAACCCGCCCAUUGAGGAUUCUCUUUGGGUUUCAUCAAGCGUGGCCUCGGGGGAUCCGUCCGAGUGUCCAUGGCUUAGUUAGUCAAAAGGAACCUUAGCCUAUAGGGUUAAGUGUAGAUAAACAACGGGAACUGAAUAUAAAUAAAUAGUUGAUCAUUAUAUUUGAUAAUGAUAUUUGUUGAUUCUUCUGAUGUUGUAUGAUUAUAUAUUGAUGGGUGCUAGUUUAUGAGUUAGUUCUAGCGUUAGAUACUUCCACUCUCCCUAUUUUUACAGGUAGAGAUUAAGGAUUGGAUGAGGAGCAGCCUGGACAGCAGUGAGGCGUGACGUUGGAGGAUGGCCCGAAGCUGUUUAACUUAAAUUAAAUAUAGUUUGUUGGAUUUGUUUACUUAAAUUACUAGAAUGUUGAAUGUUGUUUUCAAGGCUUCCGCAACGUUUGUUUUAAUUACUCCGAUUAAAUGAUGAAUUAUUUU